UUGGAUCAGAUCUCUGUGGGACGGGGAACUGCUGGGUGAGAGGCUGUCUGUCAGGGCUUGGAGACAAAUCAACCUUUCAGUGAUUCACCAGUAUGUGGAUUACCUGGUAAGCAAGCAGAAUGUGAAGAACAUCUUUGGUGUUAAGCCUCAGAUACGUGGUUCCACUUCAUGACAGAAUCACCAAAUUUCAGUUCAGACUUUUUCCUUGUAGUGAAGGAGUGACUGUUCCCUUGCUGAGUAUCCUUUCAUGCACUUGACAUUUUGCUGGGUGAAAGAGGUAGCACCUGUUGGGGAGGACAUGGGACAGUUUCAGCAGCUGGCUUUGUCUCCUUCCUCUUACAACUGCUGAUGCUGAAACAUGCUUUAGACACAAGCAUUUAGUGAUGGCAACACUUUAAACUCCUUGCAGAUGCUCGUGCAGACUGACGUUGUCUUAAAAUGGAUUGAGGGAAAUAUAAUUCUGCUUAAUAUCAUCAGAAUUGUCAGUACUUUUCUUCAGCAUAACCAAUGUAUUGGGCCAGAUCUCAACAGCUAUGUUGUGUUGUAACAGUGAAUGGCACCACAGGAGAAGGCCUGUCCCUUAGCAUCCAGGAGAGGAAGCAGUUGGCAGAAGAAUGGAUGUGCCAAGGGAAAGACAAGCUGGAUCAUGUGAUAAUUCACGUGGGAGCUUUAAGUCUACUGGAGUCCCAAGAACUGGCCAGACAUGCAGCAGCCAUAGGUGCUAGUGGCAUUGCAGUAAUAGCUCCCUCCUUCUUCAAACCCACAAACAAAGAUGAACUCCUUGGUUUCUUACAGAAAGUUGCAUCCGAAGCCCCUACAGUUCCGUUUUAUUACUACCACAUUCCAGCUCUGACGGGUGUAAAGAUUCGUGUUGAGGAGUUGCUGGAUGGAAUAAGAGAGCAGAUCCCCACCUUCCAGGGUGUGAAGUUCAGCGACACAGACCUCUUGGACCUUGCACAGUGUAUAAACAGGAAUGAGAGAGAACAGUUUGUGUUCCUCUAUGGAGUAGAUGAGCAACUGUUGAGUGCACUGGCGAUAGGGGCAAAUGGAGCAGUUGGAAGUACCUACAACUACCUAGGUAGGAAAACCAACCUGAUGCUGCAAGCUUUUGCAAAGCCAGACCUUGCAUUAGCACAGAAGUACCAGUUUCUCACGGGGGAAUUUCUCAGUUUUGUCAUCAAACUAGGUUUUGGGGUUGCACAGACAAAAGCUGUAAUGACUUUUGUUUCUGGCAUCCCCAUGGGACCUCCACGGCUUCCGCUUGUUAGUGCCUCUGAGGAAUUCAUUGCCAAGGCCAAAGCCAAGCUGGAGAGCAUUGUGUGGCCCGAUGGUGACUGACUUCACUCCCACGUCGGUGUGCAGGGGCUCCUUUUCCUUGCUGUCACUUGGCAUGCUCCUCAUGCAAUGCCCUCGUUUGGCUGGGAUCUCCUUCAGGAAAAUGAAAGUAAUCGGCGUGGAAGGGCUGGCACACAUGUAGCCAGCCACCUGUUCUUUAACUUCUCUCUGCUCCUCUGGAGCUCUGCACUGCCCAGCACUGGCUGCUAUCAUUAAACAAACAAACGAAAAGAAAGACAAAAACAAACAAACAAAAAACUCUGGUUUGUUCCAGCAGAGGGAUCCUGACCUCCUUUUGUCUAGAAAGAAAGGUCUGUCUGCACUGCCCCAAACAGGAGGGGAAUCAACUUUUUACAAGGGUAGGCAGUGAUAGGACAAGGGGGAAUGGCUUUAACCUCAAGGAGGGUAAGUUUAGACUGGAUGUCAGGAGGAAGCUCUUCACAGGGAGAGUGGUGAGGUGCUGGAACAGCCUGCCCAGAGAGCUCUGGAUGCUCUGUUCUUGGGGGUGUUCAGGACCAGGUUGGAUAGGACCCCAGGCAGCAUCUGGUCUGCUACCAGAUCUGGAGGUUGGUGGGCCUGUCUGUGGCACGGGGGUUGGAAUUGGGUGAUCCUUGGUGUUCCUUCCAACCCAAGCCAUUCUAUGACUCUGUUUUAUCUCUCCCUGAGCGUCUCAAGCCCUGGGGUGUCACUGCUGUACCACAACCUGCCUGCUCAGGCUGGUGUUCUGCUGUUUCUCACCAAGUCAUUUGUACAUUAGUUGUGUCAAAUCACUGUUUACCUCCUCUCAUUGUCUUCGCACAUCUUCACUUCCUGCAAAAUUUAAAACAGAAGAACCUAAACCAACCCUUUUCUAACAUCUGUUGACUCUCCAAUGAACCAUGGUCCUGCAGCCAUUUCCUUGUAGCCCAAAUGUUUGGCACAUCUAUGACCCCUCAUGACACAGCCCUGCCAUGGGAUGGGUGCUCUCCUGUGGUGGUGGAGCCUUCCCUGACCACUGCCCAGCUCCAUUCUGCACCCUGGGUGGGAGGGUUCACUGUGGGUUGGCUGCUGGGCAGGGGGGCAGCUGAUGUUGUGGGCCCUGGAGAGAAGUGAGCUCAAUGUGUUGGGUGGGAGGGCGGUCCCUUUGGGGCUUUGUGACAAGACCCUCAGGUGGGGACCUGGGGUAAUCCAGUGCAGGCAUCUGGGAGCUCUAAGGGUGAGUGAGAAGUGAGCUAAACCACUUUGUCAGGUAUGAAGCAGCCUGUUAAAAGCUGCUGCUGUGAGACUGGGUCAUAAAGAACUACAGACAUCUGUUGAACUUAUGCUGAAAUGUAUUAAAUUCCACUGGGUUUGCAUCUGCUCUGUGCGCUGCUGGGCUGAUCCUGGCUCCUGGGGUCCUGCACGUGCUGCUGGGGAGACAGGCUUUGCUGCUCUACAGGCAGAAUAGCAGAGCUGCUGCUCUGAAGCAUCAGUUCUGUUGAUCAAGUUGCUUGUUGCUAACUGUAAUGACGUGGAGCAGCAGCAGAGGACGCACGAGCUCGCUCCUGUCCUUGUCUGAGGGUUUGAGAUGGAGGAUGUGGGGAGUGAAGCUGUGCGGUUUGCUGCUGCCUUUUGGUAGAAUCCCUGCCUACGCCUCUUGGUGUUGCUCAGUGAGGUUUUGCAGUACAAUCCUACUCUCUGAGAACGAACUGCAGCGUUUCCUUUCAUAGAUACGAAGGAUUUUCUGGCCACAACUUAUACAUGAAAAACCUAUGGGAACGUGCAUCUAUCUAUCUGUCUGCAUAGCUAUAUAUAUACACAGUGGUAUGUGGUAAUGUUUGGUAAUGUUCUCUGGUACUUUUAGCAACUUAAAUUUAGCACUUGUAUAUUACUUAUUGGUUUUCAAGGCAAUUUACCCUGCACCCACAGCAGAUCAGCAGUUCUGUUUGCAGCUCUGGGUGAAAGGCUUAAACGACAUUGCCACGGACAAUUCCACCAGCAAGAGAGACGUGCAGAACAGCAGUGCCAGAGACCUUGUCACCUGCUUGAUUUGGGUGAAUGACAUGAAGAUGGAUGUGUUCAUAAAGAGUCUUUUGGAUUUUCCUGGAUGUGAGAUACAGCCCAGUGUUUGUUAGCUUUCCCUAGGUGCCAAAACAGUCAAUUCUAGAAUUGCUGAACUUCAGCUACUUGUUGGCUGGAAAUCUUUUUAUAGAGCACUCAGAAAAAGCCAAGUAUUCAGCUCUUCUCUUUCUUUCAGUUUUUAACAGGGCUUUACUCCUGGGAUUAUUACUAGGGCUUGCUAUUACAUAAUGAUGCACGAUCUAAGUACCUGAGCAGUCUUUUAGCUAAACAGUAAGAAGCUUUACCCUAUACAAGCCUGCUGAUAAUUCCCUUCAUUCUCUCUUCUGGUCAGAACUGGUUCAGGUUCUACAGAGGUAGAAUCUCUUCCUCAAUAUUUGAGGCUGAAGUAGGUAAGGCUGUGAAAACUCCAAUUUACAGGUAUGUGAAUAUCAUAUAUAUAUCCAUGAAAAUUUGGGUGUCUUAGCUUUUUGUUCCCUCUCAAAAUAGCACGAUUGUGCACAGAGAAAGCAGUUAGGAGUCCUUGUCCUUUUGUGGCAGAGGUGUGAAUGACACAACUGAGUUCAUCCAGUGCUCCAUCCUGGACUUCCUGGGGUAAGAAAAGGAUAAUUUUUCUGUGGGGACCAUAUUUUGUGCUGUUGUCCUUUUGUAGAAUGAAUUGUUGGUUUUCCAUUUGUUUUGGGUUUGAUAGAGGUUAUGUACUUUAUCUUGCAGUCUAUCCAUAGAUUUUUCAGUAUACUUUUCCUGUUUUUUGUAGGAUGUUUUGUCUACCAGCACUGCUGAAACCAGCAUCACCACCAAUUAUGUGGUCUAUGUCAUAGACUUCUACGAGUGAGCCCUGCGAGUGAAAUGGCUUUUUGUUUUGUAAAUCCUGUCCUUUGGAAUGCAAAAAAGGGUUUUCUGACCACACAGAACUGCCUUGUAUUCCCACAAUCCCAGAGCUGAAUUUGAGGACUCUAGCUCACUCAAGACAGAUUUGCAUUGUCUUUAGCUGCUCAGCAGAGUUACAAACCGCCCUGGCAUCUCAGUGGGCUGCUUUUGGUCAUCUGCAUUCAUGCUGGCACCGUUCAUGUGAGGUGUCACCGGGUCUCCGUGCAUAUUGUAAAUACGUAGUGUGUCAAAUGGGUGCUCCGAACACACAGCAUGCAGGUGAUGGAAAUUAGGAAGAUUGCUGUAGUCUGCUGCAGAUCCCGUCUUGCUGUGCAUGAGCUGUGAGCAAAUUAUACGCAGGAAUCUCACUAAUCGCAUUAGAAUUUGGAGCGUUUUGAGAGAGUUCUGAGCAUUUCAUUCUGUAUAUAGCUUGGAGCACUGCUUUAUAAAUAGUGCUAUGUUUGGUUUGCAAACAGAUGGCUAAGUAGCCAAAGCUUAGCUAGUCAAGCAGGGAUGGUUUGCUUCUUAAAAGCAGUGUGGCUGCAGGGAAUAAAGUAAGAGCUGGUUUGGCAGGACUUAAGAUGUUGAACAUCAGAUCUUCUGCUUCACUCUGUAACAGAUAAAAAGUCAAGCUGUUCUCUGCUCACAGUAACAUCAGUCUGAGCAUUAAAAACUAUUCUGCAGCAGCAGAAAAGAGCAGCAGGACACAUGCGUGCUGGGUUUUGUUUCCAUUUGUGUGACAGAACUCUUGAAAGCAAGGCUGUGCCCUUCAGAAUUAAAAUAACCAUGGAGAGUUCUCCAAGAACUGUUGCAUGCUACUUCUGAUCUAACUAGGAAAAUAAAGUCAGGAAGCACAGACAGGAAAUGCAGGAAUUCUUGGCUAUCUUGGUUCUUUUGCUUUAGAAACAUAUAUGUGUUUAUAUGCUUUUACCCAUAGUAGGAAGUCGAGAGAGAGAGUUCAUGAUCUUAUUAUUAAGAACUUUCCUGUGAACCUAAAGAAUCUCUCAGGAGAAAAUGUAAUGCUGCUUGAGAACUGAGGCAGAAAAGAGCUUUGGAAUGAGAGUAAGGCUCUCAAACAUUCCUUCAGAUGUUGCAAGCAGCUGGCUUUUUCACAUAACACACAAUUUUGUCAUGAAGGUGGUAAAAUCCAGGCAAGACAGAUGUUCUUUUCCCUCCACCCCCAUUCUGUGGUCAGGAACACUGCUGAACUGCUGCUCUAGCACCUUCCCUGCUGCUGAGGCUUCUGAUUCCUCUACUGGCCAAACUGUUUCUCAGUCAGUAGAGCUGUGGAAAUCUUUUUGCCAGCUGCAGAAGUCUACACAGCUGUUACUCUCUGGUCCCCCUCAUGAAACUUAGCAAGCCCCUUUCUCAGGGAGCAAACAGAGCAUAGCUGUGUUUGGGUGCUCAACUUCGUGCAUGUGUUGCAUCCACAAAUGUGUGUUUGGGCACUCAACUUCUAAAAGCAUCAGUUGCUCCAAAACUUUCCUCACAUUCUAUGAUUAUUUCAGAUUUAGUCUAGUAGAUCUCAUUCUAGUACAGUGUAGUAAUUGUAAGUCAGAAUGUUUGACAGUACGCUACUUCGUGAUUUUAAGAUUAUCUUCCUGUAGAAAAUACAGAAACAAAAUAUGCUAAAUUCAUGGUGCUGGGAAGGAGACUGUGUUUUGUGUUUUGUGGAUUUGUGCAGAGAAAUAUCAACUAAAUCUGAUACCAUCUCAAUGUCAAAUCCAUUUGAGGUGUCCUGGAAGCUUUUCUAGCUGUCUGCUACUCAAUGUGAUCAUUCCUAUAAGUUCCUAUUUCAACCAGCAAGCUAAGUGUCCAUUGACAAUACCAUGCCAAAGAGAGAUAAAGACUUCAGAACUCUCUAACAGGUCUCUGAGAUGAGAACUGAGAAGAAUGGAAGGCUAGAAGAAUGCAGUGAGAGAUGAUGGAGUGGCUAGGAAGCAAUAUUUGCUUUGAGAGGCAACAGUUGAUGCUGAUGGAAUGACCCAUGUUGGUCAUCAGAGAGCAUGUUCAAAAAAUGUGGGCUUUUUGGUUCUCUUCUCAUUCCUGACUUAAACUCAUAUGAUACCUGAGCUGUUUUGAACAUCCUUUUGUGAAAUACCCUCAGGAAACUGGUCGCUUUUUGACUAAACAAUAGAACCACCACCUUUGGGUGCUGGGAUGGAAACUGAACGCUCACUAAGUGGUACCACUGUUUGCACACAAGGCUGUGUGUUAAUGAAGGUGAGACUGAGUGAUUUCCCAUGUAUAGUGAUCACUUACAAACUGCUUUAACUUCUCUCUUGUAAGCUUGUUUCUGUAGUAGCAUGCUGACCAAAGCAGCAGGGUGUUUUUUGGAGGCAUUGUGUGGGUGGCAAUGUCUUCUUGCAGCUGAAGAAAUAUUUGAAUUCCCAGGUGGAGCAUCUUUCCUUUAAGAAACUUGAGCCUUCGAACUUAAGGCUUGUUUUGUUACCAAUGACUUUUGCUAGCUUCCAGCUUCCUGUUUUCCAGCUGUGGCACUGUUGUGUAUUACACAGACACAGUCCAAUGCCUAAGGCAUUUACAGACCUACUAUAAAGCCACUAAAAAGAGGGUUUAGUAGGCUUCUAUAUAAUUACUGCUUUCCACAGUUUGUUAACCUGAGAUUUCAACGUUUUGUUGAAUAAUUAAAUCUCCAGUUUCUGAAUGUGCGAGCAUCAGUAUCCUCCUAAAACAGAAGAAAUGGAGGUGGGAGUUAGGCAGUCUGUCCAGUUUCUCCAUAUGGAAAAUGAAUAAGAUGAAACAGAGAGGAGCAUGACAUUUAUGCUUUGGAUUUAAAGCAAUGAUCACAGACCUGAGCAUUCUUUGUAAAUGUCACUGAAUAAGCAUUUUGUAACAAUUUAAAGUAAUUUGAAGUAUUUGUUUGAUGGCUUUUAUGGGGAAAAAAUAUGUAAAGAGACUACAAUGCUUCUGUAUAGAAAAGAGACCAGAAUAAAAAAAAAAAUUGCUAGGAUGUUCAAGUUUAAUCAUGGAAUCAGAGAAUGGCUUGGAUUGGAAGGGACCUCAAGGAUCAUGAAGCUCCAACCUCCCUCCCACACGCAGGGCCACCAACCUCCACAUUUCAUACCAGCCCAGGCUGCCCAGGGCCCCAUCCAACCUGGCCUUCAACACCUCCAGCGAUGGACGGGGCAUCCACAGCCUCUCUGGGCAGCUGUUCCAGCACCUCACCACUCUCAUAGAGUAGUGACAUCCAACCUCAGUCUUCCCUCCUUAAUCUUCCCCUUAAUGACUUUGUGACUUAAAAUGUCAGUUCUCUUGCUUUUCUUAUAAGAAAUGCUUUUCUUUAGGAUUUUUUAGACCACCAGAUACUAAAAAAUGCAUUUGAUAAUGGCUAAGGAGUCCAUUAUCUGUUUGGUUUCCCAUUUUAUUGCUGACACAAUAGAUGUAAGUUGUCUAAUUACACUGAAGUUUCCCAAAGUAUAUGAUGGCUCAGUCUGUAGAGUAUGCAAAUGGUAUGUUAGCAAUUUUCAUUUGUUUCUUACGAGUUUCUGAAGAUCACUUUUGAAUAGGUUUUCUUUGGCAUGCAGACUUGAGAGAGGAAAGAGAACAGAAGGGAGCACAGAAUUGUGAAGUGGAGUGUAAUGAUGGUGAUCAAAUCUCCACAUGGAGAUGAACCAAAUCUGCAAUCUCCAUAACUUAGAAAGUUAAGGAAAUCCGGGGGGCUCUUCCAUCUGCAAAGGAAACAGCCACUGCUGCUGGUGGUUUCAUAGCUUAAAGGUUGAACUCGAGUGAAAAUGUUUGGAUUACGGAGGGAGAGAAAGGAAGACAAAUGCUGUGUAUAACCUCAUGGAAGGCAGACUUUAUGUUGUUCUCUUUCUGAUGAGCAGAGGGUUUUGUAGUUUACCAACUGUACUGCUAGCUACAGAUGACUGUCAUGGGGCUGCUUUGGUUUUGUGAGGCAGAAAUUGGGUUAGAUGAAUUUGAUUAAAUUUAGAGACUUAAAACACCUGCAAUUAAUAGUGUAAAAAAGGUUUGUACAGAAGCAAACUAAAAAGAAAAGGAAAAAUAUGUAAAUGAAUCAAAUAGUGAUUAGCUUAUGGAAGAGGUAAUAAAACAUCCAUGAGUAUAAAUAUAUCUGUAUUCUUAGUUGACCUAAGAAAAUCAGAUAAGCAUUAUUGCCAACACUACACUUAAACAUAGAUGAGGUUCUAUAUUAAUUCAGUCAUUAAAAUUUUGAAUUUCUUAUGUAAAGAUUGCUUGGAUAAUUGUCUCUGAUGGUAAGAGAUCUUGUAGAGCUUCAUGCCCUGGAUUCCAGCGGUGAGCUGACAUCUCUUGGAAGAAUCCUACCAGCCUUCCCAUUGAACCACUUGGCAAGAUGAUGACAACAGGAUGUAAUUUUAAAGACCUGUUGCUUUUAACUGUGGUGGCUGUGGGGUCAUUUUCACCCAAAGAAGAUGCUGGAAAGACCUACAGAUGGUUGGAAGAAGAUAGACAAAGUAUGCAGCAAGUGAAAAAGCAGAGAAACACCACGCUUGUGAACACCAAGAAUUUAGCAUGGCUUAAGAACAGUUUAGGUAGAAAAGGUGCAGCUGAAGGAUGACAUGAAACCAAGCCACCAGAGAAUCUGGGGAAGUUCAUAACAAACGAAGUAAUGAAAACAUUCUGACCUCCCCCAAACGAUCUGUCUCCAAAACAAAUGACAGGAAACACACUGUGGUACAGCACAUUCUGGGCAAACCUCUCGCUUCUUGUUUUUGAAGAGCUUGGGAGAGAAAAAUACUUCUUUGUAGUAGUAUUUUUCAGCUUUUUGCUACCCAUGAAUUAAUUGGAAACUGAAUGUAGAGCUGAAAUGCUCUGAGUGCAGAAGUUAUUUAAGAGUAGAUGCCCAUCUGCCAGCUGAUUGAAUCAGAAAACGCAUUGAUCCAGGAUCCUAAACAACUGCUGUGCUGUCCUACAUGACCUGUGGAUGCUAGCCAGUCUUCUGCUCUCUGUCAACAGAAUGUUUGAUGACUCAACCAUUUAACAGCACUAGACCAGAUAAUCAUCUGGAUGUUGUAAUAUCCUUGCUUGCUUUUGAGGUCUACCUCAGUGUCUGCUAUCACAAGGAGGAAAGGAAAAUUCGUACUGCUGAGGGGCAUUACGUGCUCAGCCACACAUCACCUGUCAGCAGACAGGACAGGAAGUGUCAGCCGCCUUUCUUCAUGGUUGGACAAUCUUGGUUUGAUGCUUGGGAUUUCCACAGGUGUAAUUCAGAACUGUGGUGAGGCUUCACUUCUGCCCCAGCUUAGCCAGAACUUCAGUUUGCUUCUGUCGUCUGUGUAAAGUGAGCCUUCUAAAUAGGCCACAAGACUUUUGAACUCAAAAUACUAUGCUUUGUUAAAUCCAAGUACACGUGGAAUCUAAAAGCAAUUAAGGUGUUGGCUUAAGAGUGACUAGGAUCAAACUGAGAGUGCCCCGCAUUGGCUGCCUGUGUGUGCUGUGAUGGAGAUGUUCACUGUGGAAGCAGCUAAAAACCUGGAGAUCAUUUGGCAGCUGGACCCAGCAGAUGAGCAAAUGUGGCAUGUGCUCUAUCAGGUCCCCAGGCCGCCAGCAGCGGGCAUCAACCUCAUGGCUACCAAUGGAAGUGCCACGUACAGUGCUGAUGUUGACACUUUUGAGAAACAGAAGAAAAAUCACAACAGGAGACUUUGAGGGGAGAGGCUCCACUUACUGUAGAGGCCAUUAUUGACUGAUUUUGCGCUGAAUUAAGCCUUGACUAAGGAUCACUGGUGAGGACUGCGUUAGAGCUGCAGUUCAUAAAGAUGGAUGUAAAUUAUAACAGACUGCAAUGGUAAGAUCUAAUCAUAAGGUCUCCAUUAACCUGGGUGUAAGAUGACAGCCGUGUAUUCUCCCAGGAAGAUGAUCUUGUGGCCUCGCUCAAGUUACCAAGUUGCUGAGGUGGAGAACCCACAGGAAAAUCUCUCAUCUAUAUGGAAAAAAAUGAGCACCACUUCAUAGAUCUGAGCAUACAAAAAAAAGAAAAAUAAAAAAGAAAUUAAAUUUUCAUAUUUCAGCACAAUUUAAAAAUUGCCUGCACCAUCGUUUUCCUUAGCUGUUUGCAAAGGUUACUAACUCUUUUCAGAUUCCAGGACUGCAUUUUGGAAGAGGAAUUCCAAGUUUUCCUCCCACUCUUCUAUCUGAAAAACAAUGACAACAAAAAAACAUUCAUAAAGGCUAUGCUGGAACAUAGAUGAAGAAUUGCAGUUUUUCCCAAGAACAACUGAGCUCCUGACCCAUAGUCAGUGGCUGCUGUGUAAUUACCCAUCAUUCCUCUUUCCUUUUCCUAAAGGAAUUGAUUACUCAGUGUAGACAACUUUUGUGUUUUUGUUUUGUUUUGGCAGUGGGGUAAGGAGAGUAAGAGUUGUCCCAACUGCGUCAGCACUCUUUCCAAUGACAGAAAUUGAAAGAAACACACUGCAAGAAGGAAAUUCUCAGCCAUCAUGAGCUUAAAGAAUAACUACAUGUUUGGUCAUGUAGCUCCAUGCCAACCAGUGCUGUGAGGGUAGUUGUUGCCCCCAAAUUCCCAGCUAGGGAUGGAGAACAAAAAGCUGAAAGUCCAAUACUGCCUAUGUAAAAAGAAUACACAGUAGUACCUAGGAGUUUAAGGAGGCUUCAACAGAAGAGUAAAAGAUAACAAUAAUGGAAAUGCUAAGUCAUGGCAUGAAGCAGUAAUUGAGCACCUGGUGGGAAGGCAGGGCCAACCCAAGGGAGCUCAGGUGUAUGCAAUGAACCUGAGUGACCAGAAGGGAUGGAGCCAGGAUCCACCCCUUUUCUGACCUCAUUUAAGGGUUGGCAGUGGAGGCAGGGGCAUCUUGCUGGAGAUUGCUACCUAUCUGAGGCCUUCUGAAGAUAAUGCUGGAAAUAUAGAUGUGAUAACAAGCUUCUCCCUUUCCAUCACGUCUAUCAAGAGGCCACGACGCUGUAAGGCAUUGCUACCCCAACAGUGGAUGUGCAGUUCACCUACAGCCUCUGAGGUUACUGCAGAUACGUGAUGAGGUGGAUCUAUUGUAGUAGUAUUUAGUUACAAAUGUAUGUAUUUUUAUGUAGAAGCUCUCCUCCAUUCAGUGCACUAAGAAAUCAUAGAAUCACUAAGGUUGGAAAAGACCUACAAGAUCUCCCAGUCUAACCAUCCACCUAUGACCGAUGAUGUUCCUGAAGACAUCUUCUACUUGUAAUUCAUAGUUACCCUCCUCCUUUACCAGCUUUAUCAAUUCUGGGAUUUGGGGCAAGAAAGAAUUUGAAGAUUUAAGAUCCUCUGAAGCCCAUAGUGUGGGAACUGUAUGAACACAACCUACAGAGCAUAAAACUGCUAGAAAAUCUCCCGACACUUUCCACCGCAUCAUACUUUCCACCACAAAAUUAUCAGCAUUGGUUUUAUUUUUUUUUUUUAUAGCCUUCGAGUGACUCAGGAAUCUGGCAGUGUCCGAAGUGUGAGCUUUGCUCAUGCAUCUGUAGUGGGUGGAAGGGCAGAGUUAAGAGACUUCCAGUCCUGUAGAAAAGUUCUCUGGAAACAAACUUAAGGAACUGGGAUGGAAGAAAGAGCCCAUCAUUACCAGGUGCUGAUCAGACCUCCAAAAUCUCAGGACAGCCAUAUAUAAAAGUUAGAAUUAAAACAUAUGUUGUCUAUUAAUACAGGAAUACUUCAUGAUAAGAAGCAAACGUGUGUUUUUACUCUUCCAUGCCAUAUACCAAAUGGGACACGUUGCCCAACAAAACUGUCUGCUCUCCCUGUUAAAAUACAAAUUUCUAGCCAUAUCAAGUCGUAAUGAAGGGAUUUAUGUGCUUAUUUUCAUGAGGGAAAAAAGAUUUUUCCCCUGACAUUGUCAGAUGUCCUAUGUGCUUCCAGACAUUAGAUUUAAUCCAGUUUCACAUGUGAAAUGUACAUACUGUACACUGUGCUAUGUGUAAGGCAUCUGCAUGUUAGCUGGUGGAUACAUGAUGAAAGCUGCAGUUUCAAAGUAGUUAACAGUUUCUAGCAACCUGGAAAAUGACCUCCAGACUUCUCAAAAAAACCCCACAUUUUUAAUCUUUUUUCUUUCUCAUUGAAUAAUUUUGGCUUUAAUUCUUAUUUCUAAAGUGAUGACAUGGAAUGUUUGUCCCACAUGCACCUCUGUGGCGGCAUAAUGCUGCUGGAGGUGGGAACCUGUAAGACACUGUUAAAACAUCAAUGGAAGCAGAAGAGUUGGGCUGCUAAACUUGUAACUGGAAAAUCAAUCACAGCAGUGAAUCCAGUCUGAUUCUCUUGCAAGGAGAAGACAAAGCAGGAGACUUCCAGGUGGUCUCUGACUCUGGUGCAAAUUAGCUUAUUAGGUAACUGUAACUUCAUAUGAUGGUGUUGUCCUUAUCAGCAACAAACACAAAAAAAAACACCCUGCUUGAAUUUUGCGUAUGAAAGGCAAAAGCUUUUUUUUCAAGACAUGGGAUUUCAAGCCUUUUUCAAGUCCCAUUUGAACAACCAGUACCACCACAGCUACAGCAAUCCCAAAUAAAUCAACUCUGCCUUCCUCUUCUCCAGUUUGUAACCUGAAUCUCGAGGAGCCAGAACAGCUUCAGACAGCUCACUGACACACACACGCACCCUUCCCUCCCAAACCGUUCAGGUCAGUUGAGACAACAGAUGAGCAGUAGCACCGGUGUUUAUUGUAUGACCUUUUACAGCUGCCAUAAAAUGGCUCAUCCUCCUCCCCCAGGGCUGAUGCAGGCAUUUAGUUUGGCGAGUGGUGCUGGCAGGCUGCUUGCAUGAGUAGCCAGAAGCUCUGCAAUAGUUUUGGACCAGAGUGUGACUUAGAUCAUAAUUGGGUAAAGCAAUAGUCUACCAUGAAGGAACAGGAAGAGAAGAAAGGGAAAAUAACACUGCACAUCAUCUGCAGCAGCCAGUGUUCUUGCAUGGGUGUGCACCUGAGCAUGCCAGCCUGUGCUAACAGAAGCUGGAUGGCUCUAUCAUGCUGAUAGAGAAUGGGUAAGUGUGAUGGAACAGCCAGUGGGGAAUGCUUUGUGGCCAGAAAAGCACAGGCCAAAAGCAGACAGCAGUGCAGUGUCAGUAUUGUUAUCUGCAUCCUGCACGGAUCCUUCCCACAGCUGAGAGAACAGUGCCCGUCAAAGAGCUACUACAGGACUUCCAACUUGGUCAGGCAGUGCCUUUGGGAGGCAGCCAGUCCUGUGAGCACCUCCAUGUGACACCCCUGUGCUGGGAAGCAGCACGGCACUGAGCCAGUUGCCACACAGGUUUGCUUCUAAAGGGCUUUCCUUGCUUUCUAUAGGAGCUUCUGUGUUGGUGUGCUUACAGCCCAAUAGAUCACAAAGAAGCUGGCACCCAUAGGAGAACAUAAAUGUCAGGGAGAUGUGGAAGGAGCAACAUACGUUGUUCUUGUUUUAAUGUAAAUUAGCACAAAUCUUGCAGAGAGAUGUUCCUUUGCAAAUAUGAAUAACUGCUAAAAGUCAGCAUCAAGCAGUGGAAGAGCGGAGCAGAACAGAAGUUUUCAUAGUACUUUGUUCACAGCUCUUGGAAUAAAGAGUGCCUUGACCUGCAACAACUGUCUCAAUAACACUAGACAUACCAGUAGAGCUGGAAGAGGCAAUCUUGAGUUGGGCUGAAAGCAGAAAGUUAUUGCAUUUGUGUUUGCUUGGAAGCAGAUCCUGCAUGCUCACUCUUGGCAAUAACACAAUAACAUUUCAGUGAUCUGAAAGCUGUUUACACAUAUGAUACUUUAAUGCUAUUAACAAGAACGACUUAGAAAUGAAAUUCACUGCACAAAUGAUUGCUCUUUGCUGAGAGCUGUGUGCACGGUCUUCAUCGCUCUGCAUGCCCAGGUGGCAUCACCUACUCUGCUGUUAAGAGGCUUUGCAAUUUGUGAAGUAAGUUAUGACAGAUAAGGUGAGAAAAGCAAAGUCAAGUCAUUAUGAGAAAAGUAUUCUUACAAAUUACAGGCUGGCAUCUUGUAAUCUGUAUUCGAAGAGUGAGGCAUAAGAAGUGAAGCAGACAGGUAAGUGUGAAAGAAUUGUCAUGCUUUCAAAGCCUGAAGAGUUGAAGAUUACUCUUUCUUCCCUCACUCAUGACAAAGUUCAAAACUUAUUGAAACUUAGAAAAAUAGUUCUACCUUGUAGUCUUCCAGAUUAUAUUUGCUUGACAAAAGUUCCAAAGAAUGUAGUUGUCACAUCAGCUCGUAGGCCAGAGAAGCUUCCUAGCAAUGAGAUGUGGAUUUGCUCAAAAUACAUUUUCAGUUUUGUUGCACUUUAGAUUGAAGUUUUUUGUGUGCGAUUACCAAAACGAAGCAAGCUUCUCAAUAGUUCUGCCAUGGGUACAGCUCCUCAGCUCCAUCUGUGAAUGAUAAAAUGGUGCAAAAGAUGUUGCAUACUUCACAACUUCCAAAGCCUUGUAAUUCAACCCAGCAUCAUCCAGUCCUUCACCAGGGUUGUCUUCCAGCAAAGCUAUGCAAUGGCCCCAUUCCUCCAAGGUGUUACCAAGCAGCUCUCUAGGAAUAUUUUUCAAAAUAAGAAGAGAAUGGUUCAGCAAAGAGGUGGAGACUCUGAGCUGAGAUCUGAGGUUGUUUGCGAGGAGCCCAAUUUAGACAAAGGCCAUAUGUCAAAGUGCAUCUUUGCAUUACUAUUGUCACACACACACAAAGAACUACAAAGACAGACAUUCUUGCAUGAUCUUGCGAUUCAAUUCCAUAUGAUAUUAAAGUAGAAAAAUUGUAUUUGUGAAAAUAGCAUCUUCAUAUCCUACAAUUCUUUCCAGGCAGAGUAUUUUUGAGUCUAUGAGCAAUAUAUGUGAAAAAUAGUGGCUGCAUCAGGUAGCUAUAGUAACCAACAUCUACAAAUAAAUGACAGAAGAGUACGUAAGCUGUCCCAAGUGAUAGUGCCUGAAUUUGCAUUUUACCAGACGAUGACUUCGCUCAUUGCCCGUGACAUGUCAAAGCUGUCUAAACAAUGCAAGUAGCUUGUCUAACUUUCCCAUGCUAUAUACCUUAUUCUGAGUUGCUUCCAGCUUUCACGAGCCUCCAGUUUUCAGGUCAAAGCUUGCCAGGUUCAUUCUCUAUAAAGUUGACCUUAAACUCUGAAUGGGGGCUGUACGAAACAGAUGAGAGGAAGAGGAGUUACUGUAGACUUAAAUAUGGGUAUGGUUGUUGGUAUUUUAAAAAACAUUGGCAGGGCUGCCAAUCACUGGAUCAAGUGCUAGUCCAGGCUGCUCAGGGGUCCAUCCAACGAGGUCCCUGGGGCCACCAAGUCUUCUCCUCAUCUGCCCUCAUUUUAGCUUCCCUGAAGCAGGAAUUCAAGAGAAACUUGUGGAAUCGUCAUUCAUCAUUUUAUGUCAGGCUGAACAAUUUCUUCAUUGAGUUAAGUGCUACUCGUACGCUGGAACCUGAAUAAAUUGGCAACGCCAACUGCAUGAUGUGUGGAGAACAACACAAUGGGAGAACAUCUGUUGUCCCAACAGUGACCUGGAAGGAAAUCUGACAGUGAGUACUGGGGAUCAGUAUGAGAAAAAUGCUGUGUUAGUGUCUGUUCACUUCAGGGGACUAACAAAGUUAUCUGCGCUGUGGUCCUCACUCUUUUUUCUUUGCAAAUCCAGACGUUGUUACGCUGAGGCUUGGCCAUGUGACUGAAUAGCUGUUAUUGUCCUGAAAGAUGGAAUUUGUGAAAACUGGGGGCUCCUGUAUUGGAGAUGAAUACUAGAAGAAGCUUUUAAGCCUCUACGGCGGAAACCUGGGAAUUCUGCAGCUUGGUCCUUUGUGACUGACAGUCUGAGAUCCAGGCAGGGCAAGAAAAGUAAACCAAAGCAACUUUAAUGAUUCUCUCAGAUUAGCACAAGCUAAAAAGAACUCUCAGCCAUUACCUGGAGGCUUACUGCACUUUGAGGUACUGCGCGCAGAAUUAGAUUUAUAUUUGCUUAAAUGAACUGGGAGUCCCAUGGAGGGAUCAUAGAAUCACAGAAUCACCAAGGUUGGAAAAGACCUCCGAGAGCAUCCAGUCCAACUGUCUGUCUAUCUCCAGUAUUUCCCACUAAACCAUGUCUGUCAGUACAACAGUUCUAAACAUUUCUUGAACACUUCCAGGGACAGCGACUCCAACACCUCCCUGGGCAGCCCAUUCCAGCACCUGACCACCCUCUUGGAGAAGAAUUUUUUCCUAAAGUCCAACCCGAAUCUCCCCUGGUACAACUUGAUACCAUUAAUGAUUCUGACCAAGUUAAAAUCAUUCCAUCCAAUUCAACCGCUGUGCAACCAGCUUCACUGUAAGAAGAAAGACAAACGAGCAUAUAGAGUUAAUCAAAAAGUAUACAGAGUUAAUCAAAGUCUGGUGGUGACUGAUAAAGCAGCAACAUCCGGUAAGGUGCACUUCCCUAAUAAUGUGCACCACCCAGGGACACGUAAUGGUUUAAAAUAUGUGAAAAUGCAGAAGUGAAAACCAUUUAUAAAAUGUCAGACACAAUUUUUGAGCUCUGAGAGCUGCGCUGAAGCGUUGAUGAAAACGGUAUGUUAGGUAUGUAUCACAACAUAAAGAUGUUUAUGUUCCAGAGUGUUUUGUUUUCUUAACCUUUAAAGUUCACCAGUUCGGGUGGCAAAGCCUUGGUAGCCACAAGGCCGUGGUUGAAAAGGAGUGUGAAAAGUAUUUAGAGAACUCAAAGCCAAAAAUGGGACCAACAAAAAAGUACAUUUCAGGUUAAACAAACACUGGGCAGUGACAAUGAGGUGCUAUUUUAAGGAGUAUUCUGUGAUUUAAAACAACACAGAAAAUAGCUUUUAAGAAGCACGUUCUGGUAUCUCAAUCUAAAAUGUCGUUUCAAUGCUAAUUGAAAUUUAACAGUCUUUAACCAACAGGAAUCUGGGAUGAAACUUUGCCAGAAGAUAGGAGCAGGGGAGACUGACGUUAUCAUCACAUGAACUUGUAGCCUAUGCUCUGUGCCUUCUCCCUGCCACAAACAAUUAUAAUUUUUUUUUUAAAUAUUUAAACACGAUAAAUCUUAAUUUUAACUUCUUGCAGUGAUUUUAAAAUGACUUGCUAAUAGCUGAGGGUAAUUAACGCACCUGAAAGGAAUUAUUAGAUAAAUAUUGUAGUUGAUCUACUUAAGUACUUCUAAUUGAAUUAAAUGCUCUGACAUAAUAAUUUUAUCGAGCUCCAAAAUGAAAGACAUGAAUAACAGCUGAAGGGAGUACAAAUUUCCUAUUUAGAGACCUACCAAGAGGACACGAUGUACAGGAUGAACCAUCUCUUAGCAAUCACUGCUUUCUUCUGAACAAUUGGCUGUCCCUUUCUGAUAUUUCCUGCUGAACUGAGUAGCAGAGAUGAAAACGUGGGCAGAAUGUUGAGGUUUCCAGCAAGCAAAAUGCAUUUACAAGUAGUGAUGUUCUCUCAUGAGGUUCCAACAACUCUGCUUUAUGGUUUUAUUUUUUCAGAAUAAAUUUAUUGUCCCUGAGAAAUCACUAUGACUUGGAGUCAUAGAAUCACCAAGAUUGGAAAAGACUCACAAGGUCACCCAGUGCAAAUUCCAGUCUUCUUGCAGACCAGAGAAUGGUUGUGCACAUUUCCUCUAAGGAUUGCAAGAUGUAAGACCUAGCACUCCAAAGAAACAUGACUUGCCCUCUUUAGCUGAAGAUUUGGGAGAGUAAACACAGCCCUGCUCCAGCCUCCACAUGCAGUAUCUUCUUUCCCACCAGACCCUCCUGGGUCUUUGGGGAUAUUCUCUUGACUCAGACGAGGGAAGGAAGGGUGAGAAACCAGAGUGCCGGCUUUUCUCCCAGCUUUUUGCAGCAGGAACUGUGGGUGCUCUUCAGAAGCUGUGCAGACUUAUCACUUUGUUUAUCUAGCAGCAAUAGAAGGUUUAGUCAUUGUACAAAAUAUGGGAGAGUUGUAAAUCCUGGCAGUCCAGAGUGAGAGAAAGGGAAAACAGGAAAUACAAAGCGAUAUUACUCAGUAAUGGUACUGUGUUAUCCCGCCAAGAUUGUCCAUGUUUGAUAGAGGGAUGAUCUUGUUGUCAAAAAAAAAAAGCUUUUAGUGUUCCUGCAAACAUCUACCUUGAGAUGGCUGUGUGACAAACCUCUUGCAUUUGUGGUUCAUUUAUGCUUUGUACCUUUCCAGGGACCUUGUGGGGUUUAAUAGCUGUAAGUUCAGAAGAUUGUGCUCAUUCCAAGUAUUUUUGUUUUGCUCCUUGGCUACGAGGGCUGCACAGAUUUUCCCCGAAUUGCUUUGUGUAACUAUUGAGUCUUUUACGGCAGCAUUUUUUAAGUGCAGGGAAUGUGUCUUCUGUCCUCUCAGCUGGUCCUUGUCUGGCAGCACAGGGGAGAACACAGUGAGCUGGGGAGCACUGAGAGCACAGAUGUGGCGUGCUGAUAGACAGCAAGAACAGAUGUAGGUAAGAACCCCAAAAGCAGCUCUGUAGGGUCAAACUCCUCUGAGCUCCUUGCCAUCCACUGUGUGCUCCGUGUCAUGGAAAGGGGAAACAGCUCUGCUUCAAUUCAUUUGGAGCUUCAGAGGGAGAACAAGCAAUUGGGAUGAUCUGUGACUCUCCAGAUCCCAAAAUUACACGCUGCUCUUACCAUUGUCCAGUGGGACACCCAGAUUUGGCUCUUCUGGCAUGACAAAUCUAAAUGCACAAAUCUAACUGCAGCUUGCUAAUCAUGACAAGCUAUUUAUUUAGCAGGAGACACACACGCUCUGCUCAUCCAAAAUCAGUCAUCUGAAAGACCAGCCUCCCCAGUGGACCGUGCCCUCCAUUGGUCUGACCUUGGCUGUUUGGGAAUCGUGGAUUUCUGGGAUGAGGCUCCACAAUGUUUGGUUUGGAGGAGCACUGGAACUGUGCUUAAAAAACAUGAAGCUUACAAUGGCAAGCUCUUCAAAGAUGAGUUGAAUUAGGGUUGGUGUCAGCGUCCAUCUUCUGUGACCAAAGGAAGGACAACAAAAUAACUUUAUACUAUUAAUAAAACAAUGAUCAUGAGAAGACCCAGACUGGCAGACAGCACUAUGAAAAGAAAGCACAAAAAAACAGGUUGUGACUAUAAACAACAGAUAAGAACCAACUGGGAAGAAAACGUCAGCCUAGAGACACUGGCAAAAGUACUUAUCCAGCUGUGUAUUGCAAAAAAUCUUGGGAAUUUUGCUGGGAGCUCAGGAAGGAUGUUUGUUAAACAACUUUUCUGUGGUCACACAGAACAUCCUUCAUGGUGAGAUACCCAGGACCAGCCCCAAAACUCAGGCUGUGUGUUGGGAUAGCGCUUUAUCAGGCUUGGGAGAUAAUUCUAGAGGGAACGUUUUACAGUCAGGGUAAACAGCUCCAGCUCAUGCCUGUGAAGGAUUUGCAUAGCUGGGCAAGUCUCUGCUCUUUGCAGCAUGCGGUGCUGGAAUUUCUUGGUGGCAGAGGAGACAUCAGAGGACCUAGUAGUGCAAAGACACUGAGCCUGAGGUUGUUCUUGGUGAAUGUGCAGCUACAUAUUAGAGAUGUAAUACUGUACAGAGAUAUGUUAACAGUGCCUUUGAUGCCCUUCCAUCCUUGCAGGGUUUGAGACUGUGUGAGCUAUGAGGGAAGGAGCUUGAGGAACACUUCAUCUCCAAGAAGUUCUCUGCGUGUUUCAAGGCUGAGUUCACCCAUCCACGCAUGCCCCUAUCCCAAGGCCAUGCUAUCAGUGGGCUUUACAGAGGCGGCAGCUCACUGUGGUGCAGGACAGGCAAGUGGAGGUCUCAGAGGAGGAAAGGAGCAUAGUAAGGGCUAUCUUGGAUCCUCCUGGGCUCUCUGCCACUGCCUAACGUAGGCUGCAAAAGGUUGCUGCUUAAAUACAGCACAAGGCUACAGCACAGGAUAAAAAGAUGGGGUAAAAAUAAAAGGUAAACAUCCCACGUGCUGGGAAACAGAGAUUAUGAUCAGUGCCUCCACUAGACAGCCAUUAAGCAAAAGGAUGGGCUGUGUUAGAAGAGGAAAAGCUGCACAGUCCAUUCACGUUUCAGGCUUUUUCAUGUUGGCACGUUUCUUUGCCACAUUACUGUCUUAAGAAGAGAAGAAGCAUUCCAGGCCUGCUCCAGAAAAGAGAUAACAAAAUCACAGGGACUCGUAAGAAGCAGAUUUUACUUCCCAGAAGCAUGUUCAGAGGUGUAUUUACUCGCCUUGCUGUAGCUGCUGCACAGGAUUAAUUGGGAUGAUCAGCAAAAGAGUGACUGGAAAGUCAAACGUAAAGAAAGUGCUUUUUGAAGCCAUUUCUGCUUUCACAGCUAUUGGUUUUCUAUUUGGUUUUCUUCAUAAGAUUACUGUAACUGCUUUUCUUUGAUAGAUAGAAACCUCACAGUUCUCUGAUGUAUUCUUGGCUUUUACAACUGCUGGACGAAGGUUGGGCUGAAACCACAGCUAUUUACCAAAACAAUUCACAGGACUUCUCUACGCAGGAUGGCUUUAAACCAUAAUGGAAUAUAGAAUUGUGUUCCUUUUCCCUUUUGGCGUUAGUUUUAAGUUCCACUUGCAUUACCAGUUUGUGCUGUCCCCACAGAAAUAAAAGGUGAGGUGCUUUGGCUCUGC